CCUCCUCCUCGGUAUUUGAGAUCCAGUGGCUCCCUGUUCUUGCCCUUUCCCCGGAGGAGCUCUGCUGUCCAGAUGCCUCCCGCAGCCCUGACCCUGGCCAUGGAGGUCAACCAGGCGCUCCCGGCCUUCCUGCUCUGCAGCACGCUGCUGGUCAUCAAGAUGUACGUGGUGGCCAUCAUCACGGGCCAAGUGAGGCUUCGGAAGAAGGCUUUUGCCAACCCCGAGGAUGCCCUGAGGCACGGAGGCCCCCAGUAUUGCCGGAGUGACCCCCUCGUGGAACGCUGCCUCAGAGCGCACCGGAACGACAUGGAGACCAUCUACCCCUUCCUGUUCCUGGGCCUGGUCUACUCCUUCCUGGGGCCCAACCCUUCCAUCGCCCGGGCGCACUUCCUCCUCUUCUUCCUGGGCCGCGUGGCGCACACCGUGGCCUACCUGGGCGAGCUGCCCGCGCCCUCCCGCUCCCUGGCCUACACGCUGGCCCAGCUCCCCUGCGCCUCGAUGGCGCUGCAGAUCCUCUGGGAAGCCGCCCGCCGCCUGUGACCGCAGCGGCACGGGCUGCCCGCGGGAAGCAGGCGCCCUUCGGAGACGCCCUUCGAGAAGGCCACUUCCUCGCCCUGUGCACACCAGUGCGCCUUGGACCCCUGGAAGGAGCUGCUGGAAACACAGAGACGGCUUGUCAAGGGAGACAUUCCUCCCACACGCACUAUCCAGUUCAGGGUCCUGACCCGUGGCCCCUGGCCCAGGGCUGCAGCCAUGAGCCCCAGGCCCACCCCCGGACUGCAUUCGGCCUUGCCGGGGCCGACGCCUGCCCUCAGCCCAGGGUGCGCGUGCGGGUGUGCAGUGCUUGCUCCUUAGCGCCACUGAGGCCUCCUUUCCCCCACUGUGUGUCUUUGCUGGAUCAGCCAGUAAAAGGAAACUUUGGCUCUUCCUGA